CGACGACACAGCAUCCCUUACUGAAAUUUACCGAUGAGACUAAACGCCCGUUUAAACAAAAACCUCUUAAACUACCUUUCUUAUAAGUUAAUAAUAACAUAGUUCUGAACUAAGCAAAAGAAUAUUAAGUGAUGAAGACCUUUAGGAAAACAAUUCUCUCACAGUUCUCGUUCAUAAACUUUUUCAGAUUACAUAUGACUUCCACUAAGAAAGGGGCGCAAAACAACGCCUAUUUCUUUCCACUCGUUUGCGAACAAUAGUGUGUACUGGUGCAUUGAAAAGAAAUUCUUCGGCGCGUAAAGUUCUAGAUGAGAGCUGAACAAAAAAAAGGGCUGCGAUGACCAGAUUCGUGUGUUUGGAGUCCACUCCCAGAAUUGCAUUCGUUAUUGCACAGCCGAAACGCCUAUUCGGUUCGUUGCCGAUGGUUUUGAGACGCCGAAAACGCGAUUCAUGGGGGGCCCCGGCCGAAGAGCAACCCCACCCCGCCACGACAACCGGGAGGCAGCGAUCUAGCUUAGCGUUCGAGGUCUUCGGUCCUUGCCCGGCCGUUGACACCGUCAAAUUUCGAAAUCGUGAAGUCUGUGGUUCCUUCUCCUUCGGUUACACGCUGGCUUACCGGGGUACCAAGGGCCGCUGA